AUGAAGACCUGCUUGGUUACGGUCGGAGCGACCGCUUCAUUUGUGAAACUCGUGCGGCAAGUGCUCAGCGAACCCUUCUUGGCAUGCCUCAAGCAACAGAACUACACCCACUUGCUGGUUCAGUAUGGCAAGGAUGGCAAGCCCAUAAUGGACGAAUUCCUGGCAAAUAACCCAGACGGCAGUACAGCUCUGCAUGGAAUUGGUAUUGGUGGCUUCGACUUUAAGCCAAACCUGGACUCGUCAAUCCAUCUGGCAAUGGCCGAUGAAGCCAAAAAUCAGGAACAGGGACUGAUGAUCACUCAUGCCGGCACUGGCUCUAUCCUGGAGGGUCUUCGGGCUCAGCUUCCUCUCAUUGUUGUCCCCAACAGUGACCUGGCCGACAACCACCAAGAACAGUUGGCAAUCGAGCUGGACAGGACUAAUUAUGCUGUGAACUCUUUAGUAGAGGAUCUCGUCUCCGCAGUCGCAAAGGCUGAAUCCAUGCGCCACCAACGACCUGGCAUGAAUGGGGCCCAUGAGAACACUCAGGAGAAUGAAAUCCAGGUCAGUCGGGCUAUGGCCGACCAGCUUGCCACACUCGACUGA